CCGAGCAGGGGGGAGGAGGAGGAGGAGGGGGGGGGGGGAUUUCCAGCUCCGGGCCCUCGCUACCCUCGUUUUGCUUUCGCUCUGGGGCCACAAACAGAACCGAACGCUCACUCUCACUUUCCCUUUUUCUCCUGGAAGUUGCCCAACGUCCGCGGCUCGCGUUAAAAGUCGGGGCCCCGACUCGAGCUCGGCCGAGCUGUCCCGAGGCAACAGAUCUGUAUAUCUGUGUUCAGAUACCAAGAUGCCCGUUGAUAGAAUGAGGAUGCGGCCAUGGCUGGAGGAACAGAUCAACUCCUGCCAGAUACCGGGCCUCAAAUGGGUUAACAAGGAAAAAAGAAUCUUCCAGAUCCCUUGGAUGCACGCCGCGCGCCACGGCUGGGACCUGGAGAAAGACGCUCCUCUCUUCAUGAGAUGGGCCAUACACACGGGCAAAUACCAGCCAGGAAAAGACCGGCCAGAUCCUAAGACUUGGAAGGCAAAUUUCCGCUGCGCGAUGAACAGCCUGCCUGAUAUCGUGGAGGUGAAGGAUAAAAGCAAUAAGAAAGGAACAAAUGCCUUCAGAGUCUACAAGAUGCUGUCGUCUUCGGAGGGAGGUACGAAGCGAGGAAAGAAGCUGACCGACCAAGAGAGUCGGCCCAAAGCGAAUAAAGAGGUAGCGUCGCUGUCUUUUGACAGGACGCCGCUUGUCUUUCAAGCCGUGCACGUUGAGGACAUCAAACUGGAAUCGCAAGACGCAGUCGAGAUGCCCCACACGACCAAAGAUAUUCCCGGUGACGAAGAUCAUGUGAUUGCAAGUGAGCUGCUGCCAUUUGUGUGUCAGACAAUCGAAGUGAAAACUGAGAACGAAGAGACCGUGAGCUCGUCCCACUUGUACCCGUUCCAAAUCUCCCCUGUGUCUUCAUGUAGCGGCAGCGACACCGACAGCGAAAUUGAGGACACCGAGCAGGUUGUCAAUCCAGCCUGGAGGCGGGAUCGUGGCAGGUCAGUUCUUAAGGUGUCCCCCUCUUGCCUCCCCGGCAUGGCCACCUUCGUUAGAGGAAGCAAACCUUACUGCCGAAUAACCACCAUGCGAGACCCUGACCCCCACAUCAGCUAUCGCAGCGAAAGCUGGACAACGCCUUGCAGCCAGAACUCACUCGCGUCUCCCCUACCCGGCCACACUCAUGAGAUGCGGGCCAGCGUCAUUAUGAAAACCUCCGAUGUCACCUCCUGUUAACCUCAAGACGACAAGUUGCUAGAUUUAUUUAAGUCAGACAUUACCCUUUUUUUUUUUUUUUUUUUCCUGCAGCCAAUUGACAAAUGUGCCCUGUUUGCACUUGUCUUCUGCCGUUCUCUGCAAAUGCACCGCCCACAUUUAAGACGACGCACAGGCAUUUUGGUUUCCUUAGCGUCUCAACCGGUGUAGGGCACGACUCCUCAAACUUGAAUUCAGUGUGACUCAAACCAUUGCUUCAGCAACCUUGUUAGUUCCCCCACGAUCUGGCACUUAACACCACGGUAGAAGAAGUGACGACCGACAAGUGCGGUUUAAGGACGGUAGUUGGAUGGCGGUAUGCAGUACAGUACCGAUGCAUAGAACCAGUCUGACCAGCUUGCGUUCAUUCCUCCGGUUCAUACUUUUGCCAUAAGGUUAUACCUCAGUAUAGUUAAAUGCCAUUCCGUGAAAUGUCUUUUGUCCAAAAAGUAUAUUUCAGUGUUUUAUUUCUGGCAUUCAUUUUGAAUUGCCGACCCUGAUAUUCCCCUUCAGUAAUUGAAAUUCAAUUUAGCACACAGCUGCGCAAGGACUGUCCUGAUAUUUUACUUUGAGAAGUCAUUUAAUGGCCAUUAUGAACGGGAGAAAAACAUUACUUCCUGCAGAAACUGUUCAAGCAUUCAUGUGAACCCCUGACUAUUGUUUUAAGAUAUACUACUGUACUUGAAAAAUUGUCAAGCCUGUUUAACUUGUACUUCUUAUGAAGGAAAAUAUUUGUUUUUAUUAAGAAACAACCAAAAAACGUAUUUUAAACUUUUUUUUUUUUUUUUUUUUUUGUGCUACUACUAAGUUAUAACUGCACAUUUGUCACGGACUAUUGCGGGAAUGCCGAGAGAUCCUGUUGUAGAAAGCGCAAAAAAAUACCACCGGAAAAAUUAAGUCAGGGAAUAUCAUGAGAGCAUAUCGUUAAUGCCCAGAUGCCAUGCAAAUUUGUCCCUUUGGGCCCGCUCACACAAGGAAAUCGUUCUGUGCUUGCAUUGUAGACAGACUCGUAUGUGCGGUUAUAAUCAGUCGCACUCAAACCGAUUCGCCGUCGCGAAAAAAAGUUCCAAAUUUGCAGUAGCUUGCCAAAGAACUAACAAAACGACAGCGAUUUACGUCGCUCCGCACAACGAAUAUGAACAACCGUUGUUUUAUGAGUGACGAAUGAAAAGUUUGUACACCUCGAAAAAUACAGCGCAGCGUGAGUUCAAGAGGAGGGAGGGGGGGGGGGGGGCAAGGGUUAGCAUGGAACAGGUUGUUGUGAGUUUGCCUUCAGGGACAAUACCAUGGCGUCACUGCUGUCCGUCUGCUUAACUUCUCAGCCGCUCGCGGGAAAAUGCUUUGUCCAUCGCUCAGGGCCUGAUUUGCUCAAGGUACGCAUGUGCAAAACCGGGCCGCAAACCCGCAAGCGGACGUUUCGCUCGACGAACACGGGCGCGCCCAGAAUGGCGUCUGCCGAUCGGGCGAAAUAGACGUGCAAUCCAGUUGGCGUAUUUGAAAGGCAGAAGACGGUUUCUAUAUUUCUAGUGGCCACUAAAAAAAAAAAAAAAAAAAAAAAAAAAUCUUUUUAAAGUGCAUCUAAGUGCAAAAUUAUAAAGAGAAUUAUUUACUUCUCUUUAAAUUGUUAAACAAUUUAGACUUUUGAAAAAAUAAUAUAAAUGCAAAGCUGGUAUAGAAAUGUCGAUCCAUCCAUUUUCUGUACCGCUUCUCCUCACGCGGGUCGCGGGCGUGCCGGAGCCUGUCCCAGCUAUCUUCGGGCGAGAGGCGGGGCACACCCUGAACUGGUCGCCAGCCAAUCGCAGGGCACAUAGAAACAAACAGCCAACCAUUCGCACUCACAUUUACACCUACGGGCAAUUUAGAAACUUCAAUUAACUUACCACACAUGUUUUUAGGAUGUGGGAGGAACCCGCAGUACCCAGAGAAAAGCCACGCCGGCACAGGGAGAACAUGCUAAAAUCAUUUAAUUAAAUUUUUUUUCCCACAUUAAUGUACACACAGCACCCCAUAUUGACAAAAAAAAAACGAAAUUGUUGAAUUUUCUUUUCCAGAUUUAUGAAAAAAUGAAAAGCUGAAAUAUCACACAGCCAUAACUAUUCAGACCCUUUGCUCAGUAUUUAGCAGAAGCGCCCUUUUGAGCGAAUACAGCCAAAAAUCUUUUUGGGAAUGAUGCAACAAGUUUUUCGCACCUGGAUUUGGGGAUCGUCUGCCCUUCCUCCUUGCAGAUCCUCUCCAGUUCUGUCAGGUUGGAUGGUGAACGUUGGUGGGCGGCCGCUUUCAGGUCUCUCCAGAGACGCUCAAUUGGGUUGAAGUCAGGGCUCUGGCCGGGCCAUUCAAAAACAUUCACAGAGUUGUUCUGAAGCCACUCCUUCAUCAUUUUAGCUUUGUGCUGAGGGUCUUUUUUUGAAUCAGAAUCAUCUUUAUUUGCCAAGUAUGUCCAAAACACACAAGGAAUUUGUCUCCGGUAGUUGGAGCCGACAAUCCUGCAAUUCUCAGGACCUUGAAGGUCUCGACGGUUGACACAAGGCAGCUGGACAGCGUGAGGGGCAGCUGUGGCGAAGGACGCCUCGUGAAGUCCACCAUCAUCUCUACAGUCUUGAGCGUGUUCGGCUCCAGGUUGUGUCGGCCGCACCGCAGCUCCAGCCGCUCCGCUUCCUGCCGAUAUGCAGACCCGUCACCUGGGAAACAUGAUGAGGCCAGUGACAGUGGUGUCAUCUGCAAACUUCAGGAGUUUGACAGCCGGGUGCGAUGAGGUGCAGUCGUUCGUGUAGAGAGAGAAGAGCAGCGGAGAGAGGACACAACCUUCACUCUUGGGACUGUAUUGGACAGGUGAUGAGCAGUGCCUGGUUUUCUCACCAUCUUGUAGUCCUUCAGGUGUUUUUUUUUUUUUAAUUUUGAUUUUGAUUUUUGAUUUUUUUAAGCAAACUCCAUGCGGGCUUUCAUGUGUCUUGCACUGAGGAGAGGCUUCCAUCCUGCCACUCUGCCAUAAAGCACCGACUGGUAGAGGGCUGCAGUGAUGGUUGACUUUCUAGAACUUUCUCCCAUCUCCCGCCUGGAGCUCAGCCACGGUGAUCUUUGGGUUCUUCUUGACCUCUCUCACCAAGGCUCUUCUCCCCCGUUGGCUCAGUUUGGCCGGACGGCCAGCUCUAGGAAAGGUUCUGGUCGUCCCAAACGUCUUCCGUUUAAGUAUCGUGGAGGCCACUGUGCUCUUAGGAACCUUAAGUGCAGCAGAACUAUUUUUGCAACCUUGGCCAGAUCUGUGCCUUGCCACAAUUCCGUCCCUGAGCUCUUCAGGCAGUUCCUUUGACCUCAUGAUUCUCAUUUGCUCUGACAUGCACUGUGAGCUAUAAGGUCUUCUAUAGACAGGGGUGUGGCUUUCCUGAUCAAGUCCAAUCGGUAUAAUCAAACACAGCUGGACUCCAAUGAAGGUGGAGAACCAUCUCAAGGACGAUCAGAAGAAACGGACGGCACCCGAGUUAAAUGAGUGUCACAGCAAAGGGUCUAAAUACUUAAUACUAAUACUGCUGUGUGAUAUUUCAGUUUUUCUUUUUUAAUCAAUCAGGAAAAAAAAUCAACAAUUGUAUGUUUUUUUUCUGUCUAUAUGGGGUGCUGUGUGUACAUUUAAUGAUGAAAAACAAACCAACUUAAAUGAUUUUAACAAAUGGCUGCAAUAUAACAAAGAGUGAAAAAUGGAAGGGGGUCUGAAAACGUUCCGUCCCCACUGUAUGACUAAGUUGUGUGUAUCAUUAUGGGAUGACAUUUUGGAAUGCAAGGCACAGAAUUGUGAUGAAAAUUGUAUAUUAUCACUCAUGAGGAAAAAGGUUAUCCUUUAAAACGUUAAUUUGAGCAACGUUUAUAUUUUCAGUACCACUAAACUGGGCCAAACUUUCUCUUUGUAGUAUGGAUGACGCAAUUUGAAUAGUCCCUUUUAAAUUGCCCAGAUCAUUUAAUCGAUGUCCAUUUUUAGUUUACGUGGAUUGCAUUACGGACGGCAAAGUUAAUGUCAAAGAGCGACAGGUUUAUCAGUGCUCAUGAAGUAUAUCUCCGAAGACUACUCAAGGUAUCACGUGCUGAUUGGGAGAUGUUUCAAGAACACAAUUUACUGGUGAAAGUCUCCUUAUUUGGUGACUGAAUGGGUUCGCUAAGGUCCUAAUUUCCAAAGACGGUGUGAUGGAACACACGGAGGGACAUUUUAUGAAGAAAACAUUAGUUCCUGGGAAACAUUUCUUUGAAGGACACCUGUGGCCACUAAAACUACGGAAACCCUCGUGUGUAAACCGGCACGGCUAUCGCUCACAAAGAUUGGGGUUAUUGCGCCAAGGGGGGAGGCGUAGUCAAAAGAGAGCCUCAUCAACAUCUGCUAUUUAGCAAUGCAAUUUUCGAGCUAAGCUCUAAGAGCUGACUUAGAACCAGUCACAAGAAGGAGUCAUGCCGUAUCACCUACGUGAUUUAACAGUGGCGAAAUAUCGCCUUUGUCUCCGAAACAUUUACCUCGGCUGUCCCUCUUAUGAGCUCGUUUCUAACUAUCCCACCCGGUCACUCCUAACGAGAUCCUCAACGUCCUCAUCUCCACCACCGUCCUAGCAGAAAGCUCUUGUAUCACGCAACACGCCCUGGCACUUUGCGCCACAAGUUCCAGACUGCUUGGGUCCUCGGUGAAAACUGCCGCGCGCAAUUAAUUUGGCGCCCGUUUAUUUGGUAUCUCAGUAAAUCAGGCCCUCGGUGUUUGAAGAUGGGGGAGGUAAUAGCUUGCACAUUGUCUUCUUUGAUUGAUUAACUGUAGGCAUCGGAUUAUCUCUGGGCAAAUCCCCUCCAAUGCACAGACAGCUAAACUGACAGACUCAGCGACACGCUCACCCCUGGGUCUUGUUGUUCAAUGUUUCGAUAUCUCGCGUUCGCUUGCAAGCCGCUCCAGCACUUUGUAUUCCGCGCGCGCGCGCGCUGUAUAUUCUUAAUGUGUGCCUUUGAUACGGUGUGUGGCGCCAAGCCGUCUGUGCUUUCGUCGCCAGUGACACAAUGCAGGUGAGAGUAGAUGGCCUUGCAGGAAUACGAAACGUUGCAGAUGUUCUUCGCGCGGUUACUCAGGUCUUAGUGUAAUAACUCCUCAAAUGGAGGAUCCUCAGGGCUUUAACUCUUUACCCAGGCACCUUAAUCAGUGAAGGUUUGUGGAGACCAUUUAAAUGACUUGAGACGGUGACACCUCCUUGAAGUUCGAACCAGAAGUAUUUUGACAGAAGAGUUUUGAAUGAUUCGUUGUUACUUAUUCAGAGCAUUCAAACAAGAACAAAAUAGGAUUGAAGACUAAAAGCAAUUGGGUUGAGAUCGCUUGACUGCUGUCAAAGAAUCUUCUGAUGAUCAGUUUUGUAGCAUUUGCAGCAAUCUGUUGUUUUCCUUCUCGAUGCUUUUGUCAGGGCGGCACGGUGAACGACUGGUUAGAGCGCCUUGCCUCGCAGUUCCGAGGGCCGGGGUUCGAUCCCCGGCCCCGCCUGAGCGGAGUUUGCAUGUUCUCCCCGUGCCAACAAAUUGGUGGGUAACGAGUUUUGAAAUCAGAAGUCCGGGAUAAUACAAUGUUCAAUGAUUUUUCAAUGUGCUGUUAAAAACGGGUUUGGUACGAAAAGCAGGCUCGCAGUAGCUCAGUGUUAUUUAUUACAUAAUUGGAAAUGUUGGCACCGUCCAAAUUUGAGCAAGAAUCAUAGAAGUUAGCGCGCAUUAUUUAAGAUUUUAAGAUUCACUCGUCAAAAUACUUCUUGGUCUCAACUGUAUAUGGAACAGAUGACGAAACAUGCUCACCAAAAGUUUUACGUUCUCAUCAAUUGACUAAAUUUGCAGCCAGGCAUUUGUGUCAGAUAGCAUAAAGUCAAUUGGGAUUCCGUUAUUUCUUAAACCAAAGUAAAAACAAAAACAAUUUACACUGGCAGCACAGACAGUAAUUGUCAUGAUUCUUCAAUGUAAUGUAUUUUUACAAUGAAAUUCAAAAUGGUUUUGAGAUUGCAGAGGUGGGACACACUUAGCAAAUGUGCUUUUUAUUUUAAUUUUUUGGAAGUCUGUUAAAUAUGUCAGCAAUUUUCAUCCUCCAGAUAUUGCCUUCCUGUGUUUGUUGUAUCAUGUGCAUGCAGUAAAUGUGCUAAAGGGCUGCUGGUAUAAACUCUCUUGCCAAUAUAAUAGGUACACCGAGGUGAAACGAGUGCAUUGUAAUGCAAGAGCACUUAACGUGUUUUUAACGUCCUGUGUGGAAUUGCUAAGAAGUUUUGAGUGUGCAGUUUGCAUUGUUAAGGGUCGUGCGUUGUGUUAGAUAUGUCAGGAUCUGCGCGAACGCUGUUGCGUUUGUUUUAUCGGGGUGCAGUUGGCAAGUGAGUUCAUCAGUCGACCUUUAGCGACAACGCAAUACUAGCGUUGACGUCGCCAGUACGACGUCAACGCCGAACCACUCGUGAGGCAAGACGCCCAACGGUGAACUUGGGUCGUCUGCUGUCAAGUAAUUAUAAAGAACCUGCAUAAUGUACAAUGUAAUGUACUCUAUGAAUACACAAAUGGAAAAACCAUUGCAUUUAAGUUAUGCGUUUGUCUCACCCGUAAAGGGCAAUUGUUACUUGAGUAGAGGAAAGAACAAUCGGGCUUGUGUGUGCCAAGUUCUGGGGGUAUGAUAAUGACUUUGUAAAUCCGAAUAAAGACUCUUUUGUAUUUUUU